AUGGCCUCGCGCGAAGGAACGCCCUUGUCCUCCGUCGGCUCCGCCGAGGAGUCAGAUCACGAGUCCGUCAAGCAGGACAGCCGCGCCCAGUCCCCAAUAGCUUCCAACCUGCCCCCCUCAAAGCGCCGUCGCACAGGUGUAGCAUCUUGGGACCGACACACACCGCUGUCAUCUGUCCAGGAUGAAACAAUUCCUCCUCCAUCCCCUACGGCCUCUAUUUCAUCUGAUACCUCCGGCGACGUGCCGAACUCGCCCAAUUUGUUAGGUCUCUUGGGUAAUAACCAGGACGACGAUUACACGGGUCAAACCACUGACCAAGUCACCGUGUGUCGAUGGGAUGGGUGUUCUGUUGGCGACCUGGGGAACAUGGAUGGGUUAGUGCAGCACCUCCACACCGAGCAUAUCGGGAGCCGACAGAAGCGAUAUUCGUGCGAGUGGACAGACUGCAGCCGCAAAGGACAAACGCAUGCCAGUGCAUAUGCACUACGCGCACACAUGAGGAGCCAUACUCGAGAGAAACCCUUCUACUGCACAUUACCUGAGUGCGAUCGGAAUUUCACUCGAUCCGACGCUUUGACGAAACACAUGCGCUCCGUUCAUGAAACAGACACCCUUCGCCCGUCUGACAAUAAAACCACCUCUGGCGCUCUUGGCAGCGUAGCCGGAACGCCAGCCUCAAAGUUCCAACGGAUUCGACUGAAGCUUACCGGUCCUAAGGAUAUUAUAAGCGAGGCUGAUCAUUCCGGGGACUCCACCGUUUCAGCUCCAUUGCUUCCCGAGUCUGACCUGGAUGACAACACGAUGCCCGAGUUCGGCCCGGAGCUGGGUUUCGACGAGGACGAACUCAAAUUGCCGCCACGUGAACUUUACCGCCUCCUACGACGGCAAAUUCGCUGGGCAGAGAAAGAAUCUACGGAAUUGCGUGCCCAGUGGGAUAUAAUUCGACCGUUGCGUGAAAAUGCCUGGCACGAGAAGGAAGCUAUCUUCGAUGAUCUCAUUCACGCCGAAUUGGCCUUGUUCAGCACCUUCGUGAAUGCCACUGGGGCAGGCGGCCAAGCAAUGGCACCUCCAGCUAAUCUGACCUCUGAUUUGGAGAAGCUGCAACAUCAGCAACAGCGAUUCAAGACUCAACAGGAUCAGUUGCGGGCCAAGGCUGAGGAACCGGCUGAUGCCGACGUUGAUGCGGCCGAAUGA